AUUUUGCAUUUCCAAGAGGGCUGCAUUGAUUACCAAAAACACUCAUCCCUGUCAGUUUGCGCACACUGUUCUGGAUGGCUGAGCAGAGCCAUUCAGAGCAGUGUGCUUACAGUGAAGCACCCCCCCCCCCUAGUAAAACACUCCCAUCACACAGUAAACCCUUUGAUUGCCCCUCAUGUUAACCCAUUCCUGCCCAGUGCCAUUAGUACAGUGUCAGUGCUUUUUUUUUUUAGCACUGAUCACUGUAUUGGUGUCCCUGGGGAUGUUAGUGACACCAAGUCAGUUCCCCCCAGUGUCAGAAUGCCUGCCGCAGUUUUGCAAAAA